AUGACGACCGCACGUGUGAUCGCAGGUGAGGGAGGAGAAAGAACAAGGAGAAACAAGGUCGUUCUCUCCUGUGGAUGCUGGUGGCCCGUGACAAUGGUCGGUUGGGAGAUGGAGGGAUCGUCGUUGGAGGAUGGCUGCAACGGCCGAAGCCGUCGACGUCCCAGCGUCGAGGACCCAGGGGACGCCGAGGUCUCUCUCGAACCCUUCGACUUCCAGGUUCGGCUUCUCCCUCCGUUCCUCGAAACCCCCGGGAGUUCCUGGUUCGAAACCCCCGGGAGUUCCUGGUUCGGCUCCUUCCCGCUCGCCUUCGGAGUGGAAUCGGAAUCGAUCCCGCACGCCUCGAGUGUCGGAGGCCACACGAGGCUGUUCGUGCUGGACAGAUGGACGCUCUGCAAACCGCUGAAUACGCGAGAGUUGAACUUCUACAUGAACGCCCCGACGGAAAUCCUUCAAUUCGCCCCUAGGUUCAAAGGGGUGAUCCAGUGCGACGAAGAGCCGUCGGGGAGCGGCGAGGAAGAAACCAGCAGAUCCAUCUCGAAGCAGAGGAGAGAAAAACUCAGGGCCCGCGUGUGCAUCAGCCGCCGGUCGAGUCUCUCGAACUCCGACGAUGGGUCGAGGAAGCCGCUGCACGUCUUCGAGGACUUCCCCGCGAAGACUCGAAGAAAAAAUUAUUUCCUGCUGAUGGAGAACAUCACGGGGCAAUUUUUCCGUCCGUGCGUCUUGGACCUGAAGAUGGGGACGCGCCAGCACGGUGACGACGCGUCGGACGAGAAGCGGCACCGCCAGAUCGCGAAGUGCGCCAAGUCGACGUCCUCCACCCUCGGCGUCCGCCUCUGCGGCAUGCAGGUGUACCAGGCGGACACGGACCAGUACAUCGUGAAAGACAAGUACUACGGCCGGGGACUGGACGAGGACGGGUUUCGCGCCGCCCUGUGGCAAUUCUUCCACAACGGGUUCCAGGUCCGCCUCGCCGCCAUCCACCACCUCAUCCAGCGCCUCCAGUCCCUCCGCCACGCCAUUCAGAAGCAGAACUCCUUCCGCUUCUAUUCCAGUUCAUUAUUGGUGGUGUACGAAGGGUGCGAGGAGACGGAGGAGUUCGAGCCCCACGUUUCCCACUCGACAGAAGAGGAGGAACCACAAGCCUCCUGCUCCUCCUCGACCGGGGACCCGUGUGCGGAGACUCCGGAAUCCCCCCCGACGGGGGAAAUAGAGACGGGGAAGGGUCGUGGGGAUCGAGGCGUGCUCGGUGAGGAUAGAGGCGUGCUGGGGAAGGCGAUGGUCGACGUCCGCGUGAUCGACUUCGCUCACACGACCUUCGACGGGUGUGACGAGCCCGCGGGCUCCCCCGUUCACCGCGGUCCGGACCGCGGGUUCCUUCAAGGCAUCGAUUCACUUCUCAGGCUCAUUAUUAUUAUUAUUAUUAUUAUUUUACGAAAUUGGGUCUCAUUAUUCCGAAAACUUCCCAGGAGGGACCGGAAGGCUGAAACCGACCUCCGUCCGCGUCGAUCAGUCUCCUUCGCCCGAUUCGCCGGUUUCGAGAUGGAUGCAGAUGGCACGCUCCGCCUGCAUCCAUUCGUGCCGUCUGCAUCCAUUCGUGCCGUCUGCAUCCAUUCGUGCCGUCUGCAUCCAUUUGAACUCCGCCGAAACUGA